CAAGGUACAGGCAGUACACAAAACAAAACCCUUUUUUUUUCGAACUUCAAACAACUCUCCAAAUUAUUACGCAGUAACCGCUCACGGCGGCGACAGCAUCGGCGAUACAUGAUUAAGAGGGGUAAAGUUUGUGUGUUUGCAUUUAUCAUUUUGCUACCACUAAACAUGAUGUGGUCAGGCUUAUAGACAUUGAUUUCAUUCUGGGCUAUUUUAUUUCUCCAAGCACACACUUUUUCUGUGGUGGUGGCUGGCAGCUAUGUCGUAAUGGUAAAGCUUUGGCGAGUUUACAAGUGCAAGACAACAAAAGGGUUAUGAUGAAAUUGUUUCCUGCUGUGAUUGUUAGUAAACAGUUUCAAACGCGUUUGAUGGAAAAGGAAAACCAAAGUCAUGAUGAAAAUAAGGUUUAUGUUCACUAUAACCAUACCGAUUCUUGUAAGCUUGUUAGGUGGACUGCAAGAGAAAGUUACCAGUUUAUGUAUGCAAGGCCCUGGCAGCAUGUUGUUGAAUUCUAUUCUGAUAUAGUUAAUGGCCGUUUGUUGCUAUCAGACUUGUUUGGAACUGAGAGAGCAUGUUUUGUUCAUGAUGAUAAAGAAAUUCCGGAGUUUGUAGCAGAGAGUGGUGGAACUGAAGAUAGAUCUGGGAGAUGGGCAAGAGUAACAUUUAAAAUACUUGUUUCAUAUCAUGGAGGUUCUUUUGAUGGUUGGCAAAAACAGCCUGGUUUGAACACUGUUCAAGGUUUAGUGGAAACAUCUCUUGGGAGUUUUGUUGAUGAGAAGAAAGCGAAGUUGCUGAAAGAGAAGUGUAAACCAUUGGAAGGUUGCGCUGUUGUUGCUGGCCGCACUGACAAAGGGGUGUCAGCUCUUGAGCAAGUGUGUUCUUUCUAUACUUGGAGAAAGGAUGUUAAACCUUGUGAUAUUGAAGAUGCAAUCAACUCUGCAUCGCCUGGAAAAAUCAGGGUUGUUUCUGUUUCCGAGGUGUCACGUGCAUUCCAUCCUAAUUUCUCUGCCAAAUGGAGGCGGUAUUUGUAUAUUUUUCCUCUCAACAACGGAGAAAAAAAGGAAGAAACUAGUGACAGUGAGGAGGAGGGUGAAUUUUUUUAUUCAAAUGGAAGUUCUAAUAACAAUACUAAUGGAAAUGAUGAAAAUAUUGUGAAAGAACUUGUUGAUGAUGAGGGAGAUGUUGAAACUGGAAGGAAACCAAGAAAGUUUUCAGUAAGCCGUGUUAAUUUGCUCCUAAAGCAAUUGCAAGGAAAGUUAUUAUCCUACAAGAUGUUUGCACGUGAUACCAAAGCCUCAAGAAACACAGGUCCACCAACAGAGUGUUUCAUCUACCACGCACGAGCUGCAGAGACCAGAUUACCAAGUUCUGAUGAUGAUCAUGGGGAAGAACGAAAGGUUAUGUGUGUUGAGCUCGUAGGAAAUCGCUUUCUACGCAAAAUGGUACGGGUCCUUGUGGCCACUUCAAUUAGGGAAGCAGCUGCAGGUGCGGAAGAAGAUGCAUUGCUGAAGUUGAUGGAUGCCACAUGUAGACGUGCCACUGCUCCACCAGCACCACCUGAUGGUCUCUGUCUUGUUGAUGUUGGAUAUACGGACUUUGAUCCACAAAAUACCUUCAUUGCAUAAGGUAUACUUUUUGUAGCCUUACUACUACUAGUCAUAGUUUCCCAUUGCUUGACCUGAUAAGAAUUAUAAGUGAAUUUCAUCUGCAUUUAUGAAGCAUAGGGUUGAAACUAACAUUUAUUCAUUGUAUUCCUUUAGAGAAAUUUUCAAUUAUGCGUGUUACAGAACUACUUCUUAAAGUAUAUUAGUGUAUUUGAGAGACUUUUAAGUGUAAAACUACUAGUGCUAGUGAUCAAUUCCAUUUGAGCUGCAUAAGCUUUUGUUCUUUAAACCAAAUCAAUUCAAAUUGUUAUCAUCAGUUUGCUAAUGUA